GACGGAGAUGGAGAGCCGCAGCACCGCGGAGGAGACGUCUCUGGUGGAGACGUUCAUCAGCAUCACCUCCGCCACGCCGGAGGAAGCGCGCUUCUUCCUGGAGAGCCACAAUUGGCUCCUCGACUCCGCCAUCCACUCCUUCUAUGACACCUCCCCUUCCUCCCCCUUCGAUCCCCACCCCACUCAACCCCGCGCCGGCGAAGGCGGCGGAGGCGACGACGAAGGCGGUGCCGACGGCGAUGAUGACGACGAUGAAGAUUAUGUGCCGGAGAACGACGUUCCGCCGCCGGUUGCCGUUCCGGUCGUCCGUUCGACGGGGUCGCGGGGGGAGAAGAGGCCGGCGGCGAAGGCCUCCGGGAGCCGGUCGACCAUCCGUACCCUCGCGGAUCUUAACCGACGGUCUAGUCCCGGAUCUGACAGCGAUUCUGAUGGGCCGCAGGAGUACUAUACCGGCGGCGAGAAAAGUGGAAUGCUUGUUCAAGAUCCUUCGAAAGGUGGUCAGGAUGUAGAUGCAAUAUUUGAGCAAGCCAGGCGGAUGGGAGCCAUGCAGGGGCCUUUUGAGCCUCAACCGGCUUCAAGCUCAAGAAGUUUUACUGGGACAGGUAGACUACUAUCAGGUGAAACAGUACCAUCUUCUCCUCAACAGCCUCAGAAUGUCGUUCAUACUAUCUAUUUCUGGACCAACGGAUUCACUGUAAAUGAUGGUCCACUGAGGAGAUUUGAUGAUCCUGAGAAUGCAUCCUUUCUAGAGAGCAUCAGGAAGUCUGAAUGCCCUAAAGAGCUUGAACCAGCAGAUAAGAGGACAUCAGUUCAUGUCAAUCUUGUAAGGAGGGAAGAAAAGUAUCCUGAACCUGCGAGACGUCUUACUGCAUUUCAAGGUGUAGGAAGAACUCUAGGCAGUGCAUCUUCAAAUGAUUCAGUCUCUGAGCCUGCCGUUGCUGCUCCUACUCCCAGUUCUGUUCCUUCCCCAUCUGCUGGCCUUUCAGUUGAUGCUUCUUUGCCAUCUACCUCUGUUCAGCUAAGGUUGGUGGAUGGGACUCGUAUGGUUGCCCGUUUCAAUACUCACCAUACAAUUGGUGAUAUUCGGGCAUUCAUUGAUGCAUCAAGGCCUGGGGCAGCAAGAAACUACCAGCUACAGACUGUUGGUUUUCCGCCCAAGCAGCUUACUGAUGAUACCAAGACAAUUGAGGAAGCAGGGCUCGCCAAUUCAGUUGUCAUUCAAAAAUUCUAACUCUAUGCACUAGAGUCUUUGGACAUGGACUAUUGGACAAUUUUUGCAAAUUGUCUUCAAACCAUCGCAUGCUCUUUAGAAUUGUUGGACUUGAUAGACUGAAGGAUGUAAACUUCUUUUUCCCUCUCAGAUUGGUUGUGCCAAGAUAAGUAUUCUUAUGAAUUAGAACCUGUAAACUUGGUUAUUUUUCUGUCUGAAAUUUAUGCAUUCGUCAAGAAUCCUCUGGAUGGCGUAUCUGGUUGCCUAUUUGGUC